AUGCUCUCUGCCAGCCUCAACCCUACGGCGAGCAACAUGAUUCCUCCCACCAUCCCCAAGGGAGGGGAGGGGAAGCCCGAAGAGGUUAUCCUGGAAUCUCGCGUCUUGAUCAUCAUGACAGGCGGCACAAUCUGCAUGCAGCCAUCGCCAUCAGGUUUCAUUCCUGCCCGUGGGUUCCAGGAAAAGUGUAUGGCGCGGGUGCCUACCUUUAACGAUGCAUCUACGCCUACCCCGAUGGAGGUGGUGGUGAACGCGGCUGGUGAAAUGACAGAGCACCCCAGUCUGCGCACACCCAUGACAGCUUACGGCCGCCGGGUGCGGUACACUGUCUAUGAGUUCGAGGAGCUACUCGACAGCAGUUCUAUCGAUGCAAAGGGUUGGGCACAGAUUGCCGAGACCGUAGAGCGCAACUACACGCUGUUCGACGGCUUCGUCAUCCUUCACGGAACGGACAGUCUGGCGUACACCUGUUCGGCACUGAGCUUCAUGCUGCAGAACCUGGGUAAGCCGGUUGUUCUGACUGGUUCCCAGGCGCCUAUGCUGGAGCUGCAAAAUGACGCCACGGAUAACCUGCUCGGCUCACUGGUUGUCGCGGGUCACUUCAUGAUUCCCGAGGUGUGUCUGUAUUUCAACAACAGACUCUUCAGAGGAAACCGCACUACCAAGGUUGCGGCGAGCGACUUUGCCGCGUUCGAUGCUCCCAACUGUCCUCCCUUGGCGGUCACUACUUCGAUGCGCACCAAUGUGAAUUGGGAUAUGGUGCAUCGCCCCACCAGUUUGGAGCACUUCAGUAUUCAGACCAAUUUGGAUACCACCCACGUCGCUUGUCUGCGCAUCUUCCCCGGUAUCAAGCCGGAGAUGGUGGACGCUGUGCUGAAGUUGGACGGUUUGCGCGGUUUGAUUUUGGAGACCUUUGGUGCAGGCAAUGCCCCAUCCGGUCAGGAUAAUGCCAUGAUCAACGUUUUGGCGAGUGCCAUCAACCGCGGCAUUGUCAUUGUUAACAUCACACAAUGCCUCACUGGCAGCGUGAGCCCGGUCUAUGCCACCGGCAUGAGUCUGUCCCGAGCCGGCGUGGUCGCCGGCCUCGACAUGACAACCGAAGGCGCAUUGACAAAGCUUGCAUACCUACUUGCCCUCCCGGAGUCUACCCCAGAGUCCAUCGCCAAGCGCAUGUCAGUCUCCAUCCGCGGCGAGCUCACCGAGUCCUCCCUACCCAUCUUCCGCCACCCGGACGGUGCGCUGCCCGAGCGCAUCCAGACCCUCACCUCAAUGAGCUAUGCGAUUGCCCACGGCGAUCUCGAAAAGGUCCAAGCGAUCACCAAAACCGAACACCACUGGCUCCUGAACGACGCCGAUUACUCCGGCAACACCCCUAUUCACCUGGCGGCGACAUCCCCCUCAAUCCAAAUUCUUCACUUCCUCCUCUCGCAGGGCGGCUCCGUGCACCUCCGCAACCGUGCCGGGCGCACCCCGCUCUUCCUCGCCGCCAACGCGGGCCUCUCGGAACACACGCUGCUCCUCCGGAAGUCCGGUGCUCACCUGCACUCUGACGAGCGACCGGCUGCGGAGCUGCUAGCGCGUCACCGGCCCUUUGUUUGGGGUAUGGCGGGGGUUGGGCCGAAAGAGAUAAGCCAGCGUGAGAUGGAUGAGGAGUGGGAAUGGGAUGCUAGACGGAAUCGGAUGACGGCAGGGUCAGCGCCUUCCUAA